GUGGGCGUGGUAGGGGCGGGGCGGACGCGCCGAUCGGGCUUUGGGGGCGGGGCCCCGGCCUUGAGGUCGCUUUCCGCCGCCGCGGCGUUCCACCCUUUAGGCGCCGGACCCCCAGCCGCCUGCUCCUACUCGCUGCUGUCGUCUGCUGUCUGCAGCAGUCUCUGCGCUCCACCAUAGCGAGGCCCUGGCGGCGCCGGAACCCGCAAUGUCGGGCCCCAAUGGGGACCUGGGCAUGCCGGUGGACCCGGAUGCGGAAGGCGAGGACGACAGCUUCGGGGAAGCAGAAUACGCUGCCAUCAACUCCAUGUUGGACCAAAUCAACUCCUGCCUGGACCACCUGGAGGAAAAGAACGACCACCUCCAUGCCCGCCUCCAGGAGCUGCUGGAGUCCAACCGGCAGACGCGCCUAGAGUUCCAGCAGCAGCUCAGCAAGGCCCCCAGUGAUGCUAGCUCCUAGGCUCCAGGAGACCCCAGUCAGGACCCCACCCUGCCUCCCUGGGCCAGACUGUUACCCAGGCACUUAACUUACCACUUGGCUUAGAUCCCUUUUCUAGGACCAGCCUCCAGGUCCCCCAUUGGGGCUGCCUGCCUGGGCCACCCUCUGGCACUCAAUGGGCCUGCCUAGGCCAGCCUCCACCUCUCAGCAUUUCUUCUGGAGCCAGAUGUGGGCCUGGAACUCACCCACGUUGUCUGUCUGCACACAGCUUGGACUCUUCCCAUUCUGCCCUCAGCUGGGCCUGAUGUGCCCAUAUUAAAUGGGUCUUCAACACCACUACUCCUCUCUUCUGUAUCCUGAAAACAGAACUCCUAUAGCUGCCAGAGGGGAACAUGACAGCCAAGCUGACUCAGGAGAUCCCAGACCUUGACUUUCUUGUAUUUCCUUUUUGUUAAUUUCAGCACCAUGUCAUGAACCCAUGGCCUGAAUGCAUGCAUUAUAGGGGUGCUGAGCAGCCUCCCCAGGACCAGGCUUUUCAUUCUUUAUUUCAGAGAGACGAGAGGAAGAGACAUCAUGGGGAGAGAGACAGCACAGCACUACUCCACCAUCCAAGGAGCCCCUCUGUAGUGCUAGACUUGAGCCUAGGGCUUCACAAAUGGUAAGGGACUCUACCAGGGAACCUACUCCCUGGUCUCAACUUUCUUGUUUUUCUGGACAUAAAGCAUGCAGAUGAAGCAGGAUGUAUUCCCACUUGCUGUGCUCCUGGCCAGCAGGCCCUUUCCAGCCUCGUGGAAACAGCAUCAGACAUGCUGUGUGACCCCAUGCUAUGCACUCAGCCUCUCUGGACACUUGGGCCUUUCUCUGAGAUAACUACAACUUUGUGUGUCAUUCUCUGCUCUUCAAAAAACAGGGCUGGGCUGGUUCUCUGUCACCAAAGUUGUGUUUUUUUUUUUUUUUUUUAAGGAGAAAGGAGAGAGAAACCCAGAGCAUCACUCUGACAUAUGCACUCUGACAUAUGCUAGGUUUAGCACUCAAGACUUCAUGCCUGAGCAUCUAGCAUUUUAUCCACUGCACCACCUUCCAGGCCUGUAAGGCUCUUUUCAAAUAGGGAAGUUACCAAACUCAAGAACGAAGUCGGCUUGGGCCCCAUUCACUGAUGAUUGAUUAUUGGUUGUGAGAGGAGACGGAGUGGGGUCCCUGUUUGUGAACCAACUCAGACCAGAAGGCCUGAGCAGCAAGAGCCCCCACUCCUGGACAGAGGCCAGCACAGAGCCCAAACUCCUGCCCACUCACCAGAUGUAUGACCUUCAGCGAGUCACCUGACCUUGCUAGGCCCUAGUUUCAUAUCUGUAUGUUGGGGAUAAUAAGAUGUACUUCCUACCCAUUGUGACAAUGAAAUGAUAUGUGAAUAAGAUGUACCUCCACCCAGAUGUGAAGAUUCAGUGAGAUGUAAAUGAAGAUGCCAUCCCAGCCUGACCCAUUAGUAGGAAAGGAACUCUGAGGUGAAGCAUCUUUUUGAGCAGAGUUCCUGCUUCUCAGGAAGGUUGUCAUUACCCUUCUGAGACUGGCAUUGUCCCACAGACAGAAGGGCUUUGGGAUGGGGACUGCUACCAAACUACUUUAUUUUAUUGACUUUUGAGUAAAAAUAGCAGUAUGUCAAGGCUUC